GCCUAGUGACCCGCCAGCGCGCCCUGCUCUGUUGAAAUAACGACCAUCGCGGUGAUUUAACUUGCAUCGUUUGAUUCCUGUAAUCAUGGCGGAAGCAUCUACCCCGAAAAAGCCGGUGCACACGAUCGUGCUCGAUGCCGGACCCCUCCUCAAGAAUGUGCCCCCGCUAUCGACAUUACUCGCCCAGGCAGAAGAACUAGUCACCACACCCGCCGUUGUGGGCGAGAUUCGCGACCCCGAUGCUCGGGCUCGAGUUCAAACGCUUUAUCUUCCCUUUUUGAAACAGAGGACGCCGUCUCCUACGAGCGUACAGGUAAUCUCUGGGUUUGCGCGCAAGACGGGGGAUCUGGUCGUGCUGAGCAAGGUUGAUAUUGAAAUUUUGGCUCUGGCAUAUGAAAUUGAGUGCGAGAGAAAUGGCGGUGAUUGGAGAUUGAGAAGUGUUCCUGGUCAAAAAGGAUUGAAUGGAAAGCCUCCUGCGAAAGAGGAGAAGCAAGACGGAAAUAUAGAGGAGGGCGAGAAAUCAGGAGAAAAGAACGAUGCCACCCAUGCCAUUGAUUCUUCGAAUACUGAAUCGGUGUCGAAUGACCUGGAGAACACUCACCUUGAUGAAAACGCUGAUCAAAGGAUCGUGGAACCGACAGCUACAGAAGAAAAAGCACCACUUACGGAGCCGGUGGGUAAUGUUGAAGAUGCGGAAAGCCCUGUAGAAGAAUUGGAAGAUGACGACGGCGAAGAUUCAGAUGGAGGAGGCGAAUGGAUCACACCUUCCAAUAUAAAAAAGAAACAAAUCAAGGAUGACGCUGAAAUGGUAUCGGCCGUCCAAGAACCCAAAAUCAUGCAAGUCGCCUCUAUGACAACUGAUUUUGCUUGCCAAAACGUUCUCUUACAAAUGAACCUCAAUCUUCUCUCCACAACGACUCUGCAAAGAAUUCGUCACUUAAAGACGUUUAUUAAACGUUGCCAUGCAUGCUUCUCUACAACCAAAGAAAUGAACAAACAGUUCUGCCCUCGCUGCGGUAAAGACACCCUUACCCGAGUGUCCUGUUCCACAGAUGCCAAUGGUCAAUUCAAACUCCACCUCAAGAAAAACAUGCAAUGGAACACGCGCGGAAAUGUAUACAGCAUUCCCAAGGCAACGCAUGGCUCUGCGAAUGGCAAAUGGAAAGGCGGUGGUGGAAAAGGUGGAUGGGGAACCGACCUCAUUCUCGCCGAGGAUCAGAAAGAAUAUGUUCGUGCUGUCACUGAUGAGCAGCGACAGCAGCGAAGGGAGCACGAUCUUAUGGACGAGGACUAUCUGCCUGGUAUCCUGACCGGAGAGCGACACAGAUCGGGCGGUAGGAUCAAAGUCGGCGCUGGCCGUAACGUGAAUUCCAGAAAACGAUAAUGGCUACGCAUAUGGUAUUGCAUAUUUAUGGAGUCCUGGAUGAUAUGAAAAGAUAUUUCUUUC